GGGCAAUUAGCACGUGUACAUUGUUUGUACACGUACGUACGUACACAUUGCAUGCACUGCGCAGACACACUUGCAACCGCACCGGACCUUGGGUGGAGGUGCAUGAUGAUGGCUUCAACAUGUUCCAAGAGAAGACCACGUGUAGUGAUCAUCGGUGCAGGCAUGGCAGGCCUAGCAGCUGCUACCACACUGACCGAGGCAAACAUGUUUGACAUCGUGGUGUAUGAGGCAUUGGAACGUCCCGGAGGACGCAUCCACACAUCGUGGCAAAUGGGGCCGAGAUUGAUUGAACUCGGAGCCAACUGGAUCCAUGGUGAAGAGGGCAAUCCAGUUUACGAUCUUGCUAAGGAGAAUGGACUGCUUAUGGGAGAUGAGUCGUCUAGAGAGGACAGUAGCAGCAGCUCAAGUAGCUCAGAGUCAAGUGACAAUAACGGCACUUGCAUAAAUACUAGGCACUUGGACGGGGACCUGUUUGUUCUUGAAGACGGCACUUUUGUCCCUCCGUCAGUUGUCAAAAAGGUUUAUAUGAUGUACAGCCACCUCACCAUUGCUAGUCGAGAUGCCAGUACCCAUGGCGACUGUCUUAGUGUCGGAGAGUACUUCAGUAAGGGAAUUGGAAAGUUAAUUGCAGAGGAAGGCUUGAGUGCAGAAGAGAGACACGUCUACGAUCUCGUUGCCAAGUGGUGCUUGCGAACCGAGUGCACAGACAAUGCUUGCCAAAGUGUUAAAGACUUGGGCCUGGCUUACUACAAUUUUUACAUCGAUAUCCCAGGUGACUUUUACUGCUGUCUCGGGAAGAAAGGAUACCAAGGUGUCUUAGACACGUUCCUGGAAAAGCUGCCCAAAGACGUUGUAAAAUGUAACAUGCAAGUCGAUCAAGUAGUCUGGGAACUAGACUCGCUUACUGAAACAAACCUUGAAAAGCAACUUGUUGUUUUACAAGUGAAGGGCCAUCCAGACACAGUGGCUGAUCAUGUGAUUGUUACAUCGUCCAAUGGCUACCUCAAGGAGUAUCACCAGAGAAUGUUCAAGCCUGCCCUGCCUAAGGACAAACAACAGGCGAUUGAAACCCUUAACUUUGGUACCGUUGACAAAGUCUUUCUCAAGUUUGAGGAGCCGUUUUGGACUGGUCUUAGCAAAGGAGAAUUUGAAGGAAUACAGCUGCUCUGGGAGAAAGACUCAUGGCAUGAUGAGCCACCGGUCACCAUGGCAACGGAUGACAUCGGGGAGAGACCUGGAGAUUUGCACAACAGAAUUAUGAGAAGAUUCACAGGUUUUGAUACCGUUGAUGGUCACGAUGACGUGUUGUGUGCAUGGAUUUCUGGCAGUGAAGCUGAACUCAUGGAACAACUUCCUGAUGAAGAUAUUGCUAAGAUGUGCACUGACAUCUUGCGCAAGUUUCUGAAGAGGGACAUCCAAGAACCAACCCAAGUGGUUGUAACCCGUUGGCAUAGCAACCCAUACAUCAGAGGAUCCUACACUAGUACUAUUCCUGCACAUGGGACGGGAGAAGAAUUUGAUGUGAUGUCUUGUCCAGUUUGGCGAAAAAGUCUGUUAGCAGAUGGAAACACGACACAGUAUCCCGUGCUACUCUUUGCUGGUGAGGGCUGCCACAAGGACAAUCAUUCCACCGUACACGCUGCGAUGAUAACAGGCCAGCAACAAGCUCAGCGUCUUAUUCAGUUCUACCAGUCUGGUACCACGCCUCAUCAGGGGUAAGCUGUAGCCUAAAUACAGGCAUGCAACUUUUCCUCGGAUCCUCAGAUUUCUUUUUUUUUUUACUUCUUAUGAAUGCCAUUACAAAUAAAAAAUGCUGCUAAAGUCUUGUGUGGUUAGGAGUUUACAUGUUUUUGUCUAAAUUCCCAGUUGCGUGCCUGUAAAUACUGCCCAAUAAAAACUGUUUAGAUCUAUGUCUGCAUCUUCCACAGACCUGAAUAAUAUCUCUAGGCUGACUUUGGGUCUAAGCAGUUUAAAUUUUAGACGAGUAAGUAUACAUCAUGUAGACACUGUACCCUGUCCACAGGAAUCACUCCUAGUAUUAAUGGUCAAGGUAUUAGGGCUGUCCCGAAUGCACCCAAUAUUUGAAUAUCCCAUCAUCAACCGAAUAUU